ACCCCGCUCCGGUACCGGCCCCGUUGCCCGCUCCCCGCUCCGGUACCGGCUGUGUUCCCCGGCAUGAGCAGCUCCCAGUUCAACAAGGGCCCGUCCUACGGUCUCUCCGCCGAAGUCAAGAACCGGCUCGCCCAGAAGUAUGACCCACAGAAGGAGGCUGAACUGCAGACGUGGAUCGAGAGUGUCACAGGCAAACAGAUCGGACCUGACUUCCAGAAAGGGCUGAAGGAUGGGGUGAUCCUCUGCGAGCUCAUGAACAAGCUGCAGCCCAACUCGGUGAGGAAGAUCAACCGCUCGGCUCAGAACUGGCACCAGCUUGAGAACCUCUCCAACUUCAUCAAGGCCAUGGCCAGCUAUGGCAUGAACCCCGUGGACCUCUUUGAAGCCAAUGACCUUUUUGAGAGUGGGAACCUGACGCAGGUGCAGGUGUCGCUGCUGGCACUGGCGGGAAUGGCCAAGACAAAGGGGCUGCAGAGCGGGGUGGACAUCGGCGUGAAGUACUCUGAGAAGCAGCAGAGGAAUUUCGACGAGGCCAAGAUGAAGGCUGGGCAGUGUGUGAUCGGGCUGCAGAUGGGCACAAACAAGUGUGCCAGUCAGUCUGGUAUGACAGCCUAUGGCACCCGGAGGCACCUCUACGACCCCAAAAAUCAGAUCCUGCCACCCAUGGACCACUCCACCAUCAGCCUCCAGAUGGGCACCAACAAGUGUGCCAGUCAGGUGGGCAUGACUGCUCCCGGCACCAGGAGACACAUCUAUGAUGCCAAGAUGGGGACAGAGAAGUGUGACAACUCCUCCAUGUCACUGCAGAUGGGCUCCAACCAGGGCGCCAACCAGAGCGGGCAGGUCUUUGGCCUCGGCCGCCAGAUCUACGACCCCAAGUACUGUCCACAGGGCAGCCAGGGUGAGGUGGCCAACGCCGCCGGGGACCAGAGCGGGGACCCCCCUGGGUACCACUACUACCAUGAGGAGGAGGAGAGCUACUGAGCAGGAUGGCUCAGCCCCACCUGCACCAUCUCAUGUACAGCCCUACAUUCCAGCCUUCACUUUGAUAAUUCCCUCUUUUAGAACUCUUUUUUUAACUUUGGAAAUCAAUCUAUUUUUUCUGAGCAAGGAAAUAAAGACCCUGUUUCUA